CAAAGAGGAAUAGCAAUAACAAUCGUUAUCGAAAAGGGAAAACGUCGAAAUGGACAUUAAUAUUUUUAUAAACAACCAAAUUUUAAUUAAUUGUGCGAGUCCCGUUAAUUAUGUUGAGCUAUGCAGCCAGAUUGAGAAGAACACAAACUUGCAACCUAAAGACUAUUAUUUGGUAAGAAAUGGCAAACGUUUGUCUGGAGAACUCCUUCAUGGUGAUGUCCACUGCGUCCUGCGCCAGCUGGGCGGCAAGGGAGGAUUCGGAUCCAUGUUGCGAGCCAUUGGCGCCCAAAUCGAAAAGACCACCAAUCGCGAAGCUUGUCGGGAUCUGAGUGGCCGCCGACUGAGGGACAUCAAUGAGGAAAAGCGAGUGCGCGCCUGGCUGGACAAACAGGGCGAGCGGGAACGGGAGGCGGAGGAGCGGAAGAAGCGCAAAAUCGAGAAGCUGCUGGCUGUGCCAAAACACGACUUUAAGGACGAGAAGUACGAGGAGGCCAGGGCCAAUCUCACCGAGAAGGUGAAUGACGCUUUUGAGGAAGGACUUAAGCAGGCAGAAGGUAUCAAAGAGAAGGAGACGCAGGCCCAGGAAGCAUCCACCAGUGGCACAAAGAGGAAAUCACCAGUUGAAGACAAAACCAAGGCCAAAAAGAAGAAAAAGGGCACCCUCUGGAUAGGCGAUGACAUUUCAGGAUCCGACUCGGAGGACAGCGAGGAGGAACUUGAGGCGCAGAAAAAGGCCAUUAAAAACUAGAUAAAAAGGUUUACAAUUAAGUAGGAAGGACUAUUUGUACCACUUCAUAUGUAAAUGCCGCUAAAUAAUAAAUUUACAAGUCUAACGCAUGUGAAAAUAUCGAAACAAAAAUAAUAGAAAUAAGCAGACCCAAUAGUUAUUUGAAUAUACCGAAUAAACUGACUCGACAUAUAAAA